AUGAGGAUACGGAAGCAAGAACCUCAAAAAUAUAUUCCAGAAGCCCAUUUAAUGGGAGGUGCCCAAGAAGAAAUAGCCCCAAAAUAUCUCAGCCUAGUGUUGGGCCCAGACCCCGUAACCAGCCUGAAGAAAGCCCAAAAGGAGUUGGUAUUGGAAGCAGUACAUGAAGGUCGACAUCGAAUGAUGAAAACAAAAAGAAGGGCAACAGAAAACCAUGGAUUUAGAAGAGAGUGA